AUGACGUCGAUCGAAAUCGAGGCGGCCGAUGUCGUCCGGCUGAUCCAGCAGUACCUGAAAGAGAACAAUUUGAUGCGCACCUUUGCGGCGUUACAGGAAGAGACGAACAUCUCGCUGAACACGGUGGACAACCUCGACUAUUUCAUCAGCGAGAUCAGCUCCGGUCAUUGGGACCUUGUGCUGAAGAUGAUCCAGCCCCUCAAAAUCCCGGCCAAGAAGCUGAUCGACCUGUACGAGCAGAUUGUCUUCGAGCUGAUCGAGAUGCGCGAGCUGGGCACGGUGCGACUGAUCUUGCGCCAAACGGACCCGAUGAUCCUCCUCAAGCAAAUGGACGCCACCAGAUUUGCGCGAAUCGAGAACCUGGCCGGGCGGUUCGAGAAGCGCCGACAGCAGAUUGCGCAGUCAUUGUCGGCUGAUGUGAACGUUGUCGCUCCAUCACGUCUGCUCGCCCUCCUGCAGCAAUCGCUCAAAUGGCAGCAGCAUCAGGGCCUGCUUCCUCCGGGCACCAAAAUCGACCUGUUCCGCGGCAAGGCGGCAAUGAAGGAGCAAGAAGAAGAGCACUACCCCACCCAGCUGGCCCGCCAUAUCAAAUUUGGAACUAAUUCGUACCCGUUGAGCGCCAUCUUCUCGCCGGACGGCCAAUUCCUGGUGACCGGCUCCAAGGACGGCUUCAUCGAGGUGUGGAACUUCAUGAACGGCAAGCUGAGGAAGGAUUUGAAGUAUCAGGCGCAGGACAACCUGAUGAUGAUGAACGAGGGCGUGUCGGCGUUGACGUUCAGCCGCGACUCGGAGAUGCUGGCCUCGGGCUCCGUGCAUGGGGCGAUUAAGGUCUGGAAAAUCCAAACUGGCGAAUGCCUGAGACGAUAUGACGCUGCUCAUUCUGGCCCGGUCUCUGCGCUACGCUUCUCCAAGGACAAUUCACAUAUCCUAUCCGGCAGCAACGACACGCUCGUCAAAAUCUUCGGCCUCAAAUCCGGGAAAUGUCUGCGCGAGAUGCGAGGACACAGCUCGUUCGUUACGGACGUCCGAUAUGCGGAGGAUCAGAAUAUUUGCUUGUCCUCAUCGGCCGACGGAACCGUGCGAAUUUGGUCGACAAAGACGGGCGAAUCGCAAACGACGUUCCGGGUUGAAGGCGACGUCCCAAUCCACAACGUCAUCCAAAUCCCCAAGACCGACACGUUCGUCAUCUGCAAUCGGAGCAGCAGGCUCUACGUGGUCAACCUCCAGGGACAGGUGGUGCGCACGAUGAACUCGGGAAAGCGCGAGGGCGGAGAAUUCGUGGGACUGGCGCUGUCGGGGCGUGGCGAGUGGGCGUACGCGGUGGCCGAGGACAAGACGCUGUACUGCUUCUACACGCUCAGCGGAAACCUGGAGAGCACGAUUCCGGUUGCCGAUGCGCACGUCGUCGGCCUGGCCCACCACCCGCACCAGAACAUCAUCGCCACGUUUGCCGAAGACGCGUAUCUGAAGCUGUGGAAGGAC